GUCGUGGUGAUGUUUGAAUAUGCCAACCAUCAUGAAAUAUUCAGUCCGUCAUUGUCCUGGAUCACAAAGUCAGGUGUUCACUUAGAGUAUACCCCUGAAGACACUCUUAAAAGUGCAAUAUUUGUGGGUGAAGAGAAUUCUUUGUCACCUGAAACGAAAUCGAUGUUAGCUAUGGAGGUUCGCAACAAUAAAAGUGAAGUUGAAGUUCAAUCCACUCAGUCCAGCUCGAAAAAUGAUCACCCGACACCAAACAAUUUAUGCUUCUCGAACAAAACUUGUGAAAAUGAAAAAAAUAAUCCUGUAAACUCAAAAGGACUCGACAACAAUACAGGGGUUUUUAAGCGAACAAUUUCCGUGGACUGUGAUGGUGAUCCUUUGAAUACUGAUGUUAAGGAAGAGACUAAAGUGCCGAAGAAACCAACUUGUUUUUUAAAACGGCGUCAAGGUGUAUCUGCUUGGUGUAGUAAACUACGAAAGCAAGGAUUACCAGUCAUUGAUCCAGCAACAGAGUUACUGAAGCGUCAGUGUACAGAUGCAUCACAGAUUCCAGUUUUUCGGAAAUCCACUUUGAAUAAACAAUCCAAUUUGCCAAAAUCAAGUCAACAACAACACGUAGUCAAAAAAAAUCAUGUUUUCAAUCCAUCCACAAUGGAAAAAUCAAAUAUUUCACAAUAUACUACUACUACUACUAAUAAUAAUAAUAAUAGUAGUAGUAGUAAUCAAUCAUUAACUAAAAUCGAAAUGAAAAAUUCAAAUUAUACACCAACUACUACUACUACUACUACUACUACAACUACUACUAGUAGUACUACUACUAUUCAUACAUCAAAUGUAACAGAAAAUAAAAAUGCACUAUUAAAAAAUGUCAUUAACAGUAAUAAUAAUAAUAAUCAUACCGAAAAUUCAGUGAAAUUAAAAAAUUUCAAACAUCCGCCAAAUUUUCAUCUUCAUCAUCAUCAUCAUCAUGCAUUGCCAACAUCAUCAUCAUCAUCAUCAUCGACAUCAUCAAUGGAAUCCACGGUUGAUUCAAUAAAUUUCAAUGAUGAUGAACUUACUAAAGAAGUGAUUGAUUUGAAAGAAUUUGAAUUACUUGAAGAAUUUGCUGAAACAUCAUCAUCAUUUUCAAGUUGGAAUACUGCAUUUCUGUCAAAAUUACAUCAAACCAAUUGUGCUGAAAAACAAACAACAACGACAAUGAAAGUGGAUUUAUUGCUGAAUAAGUUGAAUGAUCCAUUGUCAAUGAGGAGUUGUCAUUCUAAGGAAUCAAUGAAAAUGAGACAACCAACUUCACAUUGUAGUGAAAUUCAUUCGAAACAACAACUCGUGGACGAUGAUACCUUGACUGAUGGUACUUAUAAUCAAGAGCAUGAUGUUAUCAAUGUCAUAAAUCAAUUCAAUUUACCAAAUUACACCAGUAGUGGUAGUAGCAUUCAGCAUCAUCAUCAUCAUCAGAAUAAUAAUGUUGAUAAUAUAUAUGCCAUUCCAAGUACUACAUUCAAUAAACAUUCUAAAUUGGUGACACAUUUCCACCCAAUGAAAUCCUCAUGCACUCGAAAUCGAUCAUCAUCAUCAUCAACAUUGUCAUUAAUUACAUCAACAACAACAACGAAUAAUGCACACCCGUCAGACAAACAUCAAACACCGACGACUACUGCUACUACUACUACUACUACUGCUACUUCAAUGAAACAAUCUGCUUCAGCUUCAGCUUCCGCGUCUGCUUCUUCCCUGUCAUCAUUGUCAUCAUCAUCAGCGUCAGCUGAUGAUGAUGAUUGUGAUUUUAAUGAUUCACAUUCAUGGAGUUUUAGUACAUCAGAUAUAAAUGAUUUAAAAUUAUUGUUGAAAUAUAAUUUACCUGAAUUCUCUAUGAAUAAUAAUGAUGUUGAUGUUGAUGAUUAUGGUGAUUCUAUCAAUCAACCAAAUGAUACAACACUUGCUCGUUCUACAUCAACAUUAAUAUCAGACAAAAUCAGCUCUUCGUUACAUAGUCAAUCUAUCAAAACUAAUCAAACUGGCAAUUCUCAAUUAGACAAAGUUAAUUCGGAUGUAUAUACCAGAAAAUCCACUGAAACUCUUCCAUAUCAUCAAAAAUCUAUUUCUUCUCAGAAUAAAAAUGAAUCUAUCAAUGUUAUAAAUGAAUUUAAUGCAAAACAGUUAACGAAUGAUCAGAAUCCCAGUAAUCAGAAUAAUACAACAACUACUACUAACAAUAAUGAAACUGGUUUGAAAAUGUGGCUUGGUAAAUUAGAAGCUGAAGUGAAACGUUUCAAAGUGGAAAAUGCAAAUUUGAAUAAAUUAAAAAUCGAGGCGGAAGAUACUUUACGUCGACUUGAAUUAGAAAAAAGUCGUUUUAACGAAAAUAAACUUAAAGAGCAGAAAGAGUUUGAAGAGUACAAAGAGAAUGAAAUUAAGAAAUUAAAAAAAGAAAAACGUGUUUUGGAAGAAUAUCAACGUGCUCUUAGAACUAUGCCAAAUAAAAAAGAUCGUGAAGAAAUUGAACGACUUAAACAAGAACUUGAAGAAUCACGUAUAGACAUGGGUAAACGUGAAGUUCGUUGGCAUGCAGCAUUAAGUCGGCUGAGGACACGAAUUGAUGAAUUUGAAACAGAACGUAUUGAAUUGAAAGAACGUAUUAGUCGACUCGAGGAAGAACGUAUAGCAUUACAAUCGAAAUUAGCUAAGAAACAAUUCACCUCUCAUCAUGAUAAUAAUCAUGAGUUGAUGACCAUGAAACAACAUUCAUUUCGUCAAACAUUGAAUUCAAUUUCACAAUCGAUUAGUCUAACUCCACUUAAUACUACUACUAAUAAUAAUACUAGUAGUAGUAAGAAUCCUGUAACAAAAAUCACAACUGAUACUCCCAGUCAACGUACACGACAAUUAUCAAGUACACGUUCGUCAUCAUCGUCAGCAGCAUCAGCAUCAUCUUCAGCGUCAGCAUCAGCAUCGUUAUCUCAACAUCGUCCGCCGACCAAAUUAAACAAUCCACCCAGUGUUGGAAUAAUUAUAAAUCAUCAGAAACAGAACAAUACUACAAUUUCUUCUACAACUCCAAACAAACCCUCCAAUAAUAAAAUCCAAGAUAAUCAUGAUCAUAAAUUGAAUCAUUCCGACGUGAAUUCAUCACCGGCGACUACAGGUACACGUGAAAGUCUGGCUAGUGGUGGCGGUUAUUUCACUGCUGAUGAUGAUUGUGUUUCAUUUGGUGAUGGGAGUAUUAGUAGUGGUAAUAGUAGUAGUCGUAGUAGUGAACGACGAAUGGCGGCUAUUCAGGCGGGUUCACCUUCAAGAAGUCAUGCUGUCAAUGACAGUAAUAAUCAUACUACAACAACUACUACUCAUGAACGACAACACAUUCAUUCAUCAACUAUGAUGAUAAACAAGCUGAGCAAAACUAAUUCAAUCAAUGAAACACAAUCAUCACCCGAUCAUCACAAUCAUCAAAUGAAAGAUCUGCGCAAUAACAGUGAUAACAGUCAAGAAGAAAAGCUACCGAUUCCAGGCACAGCUGCUUCUGGCCCAUUAAUUCGAAGUGUAAAGCAUACAGAUGGUUCGGUUGAACAUACUUAUUCAAAUGGUGCUAUUGUUGUAUCGUAUGCUAAUGGUUCAGUAAAAGAAAUAUUUCCUGACAGCGUCACUGUUGUUGUAUCUUUAUUCAAUGGAGAUAUUAAACGAACUUUACCAGAUGGUCGUGUUAUUUAUCAUUAUGCAGCUGAUGGAACAGUUCAGAUAACUUUUCCUGAUGGUACCGAAGAAAUUCGAUAUUCUGAUGGACGUCAAGAAAUUAUUCAUUCAUGUCGACAAACUACCAAUUUAGACAAAAUAUUACUACAACCAAUGACAACAGUUCAUUCAUCAUCAAAAUCUUUGCUAAAUAAACAAACUUAUCAACAAAUUACCAAUCAAAAUAAUGAUAUUAAAGAGAUCUUGUUACCAAAUGGUCAACGUGAAAUUCAUUCUAGUUCAGGGAUUAAAUGUCGUAUAUAUCCAGAUGGUACCACAAAAACUGUAUUUCCUGAUGGUCGACAUGAGACGCGUUACAGUUCUGGACGAUUACGUGUCAAAGAUGCCAAUGGGAAUUUAUUAUUAGACACUAGAUUACCUAUAUCAAAUAAUAACAGUAGUAAUAAUGGAUUUGUAAACAGUAAAUAAAUCAUCCAAUUAUUUAAAUUUUAAUGCUGAAAUCAACUUCAGAAUCAAAAUCUGAGCUUUACGUUGUGUCACAACGUUGUAGCCGUCGUCUACGUGAACUAACU